AUGUCCUGCUCUCCCUACUGCAACUCCUGCCAGCAGAAGCUCAUCAAAAAGCUGCAGGCUGAGAAAGCCUUUCUGGAGGAGAUUCAGAGGUUUCAGGAGACGAUGAAGAGCUUUCGGGAGAAGAUCAAGGGCUUUCGGGAAAACAUCAGAGAUUUCAAGAUGGCCAUCCAUGCUUUCUGCGACGAGGAAAAGCCCAUCUGGGAGGAGGAAGCUGCCUUUAGGGAGGAAGAAAAGGCUAUUCAGGAGGAAGCAGAAGCCUUCUGGAUGGUGUAUCGUGACUUCUGGAAGGAUUGUAAUGCUUUCUGGAAGAAGGAUAAGGAUUUCUGGAAAGGAGAUAAGCUCCUCUGGGAGAAAGACAGGGUCCUUCUGGAUGAGGACAGAGUCCUAUGGGCAGACGAAGAAGCUCUGUGGGCAGAUGAAACAGCUCUCCUUGAAGAGGAGAGAGCUCUCUGGGAAAAUGAGGAGGCCCUCCAGGAAGGUGAAAAAAAAACAUCAAGGAGUAUGAAAGGUUGA